UUAAUAGAGAGAGUCCCCAUACGCUUGUAUUUAUCAGCAAUAUACAAUUAUAAAGGCCCAAAAUAAAAAUAAAAAACAAAAACAAAAACAGAGAGAGAGAAAGAGCGAAAUCUCCCCCUCCCAAAAUCGCUCCAUCACAUAAACCUGGGGGGGGCAGGAGGGGGGGUCCCUUCCGAUCCUCCCUCCUGACGCCCCCCCCAGCAGGCCCCCUCCCCCACCAUUGAAAGCCAUGAAUUUUGAAUUUGAGAGGGAGAUUGGGUUUAUAAACAGCCAGCCAUCGCUCGCCGAGUGUCUGACUUCCUUCCCCGCUGUCUUGGAGACAUUUCAAACUUCAUCAAUCAAGGAGUCGACAUUAAUUCCUCCUCCUCCUCCUUUCGAGCAAACCUUCCCCAGCCUCCAGCCCGGCGCCUCCACCCUUCAGAGACCCAGGAGCCAAAAGCGAGGCGAAGAUGGGCCCGCUCUGCCGCCGCCGCCGCCGCUCCCCGCCGCCCCCUUGGUCCCCGAGUUCCCCUGGAUGAAAGAGAAGAAAUCCGCCAAGAAACCCAGCCAAUCCGCCUCGUCUCCUCCAGCCGCCUCCUCCGUUUCGGCCUCCGGGGUCGGAUCGCCAGCAGAUGGUCCGGGACUGCCGGAGGCCGCCGGCAGCGGGGCGCGCAGGCUGCGCACUGCUUACACCAACACGCAACUGCUGGAGUUGGAGAAGGAAUUCCACUUUAACAAGUACUUGUGCCGGCCGCGCCGCGUGGAGAUCGCGGCCUUGCUGGACCUCACCGAGAGGCAAGUCAAGGUGUGGUUCCAGAACCGGCGCAUGAAGCACAAGCGGCAGACGCAGCACCGCGAGCCGCCCGACGGGGAGCCGGCCUGCCCAGGCGCCCUGGAGGACGCCGGCGAGCCAGCCGACGAGCCCGCGGCCAGCCCUCGCCGCCCCUCCGCCUCCCGGCCGGCGCGGGAAGCCUGCUGUCACCCGCCCGAGGUCGCGCCGGCCCUCCCGGGCGCCCCGGGCCCCCAGCCUUUGACCGCUCACGUGGGGGGUAGUUUGCGCGCGGCCGCCAGGCUGGAGCCCGAGCCGUUGCCCGAAGACGCCUUCCCCGAGCGGCAGGAUUCGCCUUUCCUGCCCGAUCUCAACUUCUUCGCGGCCGACUCCUGUGUCCAGCUGUCCGGAGGCCUGUCCCCCAGCCUGCAGGGCUCGCUCGACAGCCCGGUUCCCUUUUCCGAAGAAGAGCUGGAUUUCUUCACCAGCACCCUCUGUGCCAUCGACCUGCAGUUCCCCUAACCUGUUUCCUCCUCCCGGCCGCUUCGACCCCCGUCCCCUCGUCCCGUCUGCUGGAAAACCCGAGGACCCCCCUCUCCCCCAAGUCGCUUAGACUUCUUUCUGUGUUUUGCUAAAAUUCAGGUAUUACUGAAUUCGUGUUUAAUCCAUUUCCUUUCGUUCCUCUCUAAAAUAUUGGGCACUCGGGUGUCUUUUUAAAACACACAGACAAAUUCCGUUCGGUAGACUCCUUCCAACGAAAUCUCAGGAAUAAUUAAACUCUUGGGGGGGGGGCUUUCUUAAAAAAGAACUAGAGGAACUUGUUUUCCUCUCUCUCUUUUUAAGUUUUAGACCCGUAGAUUAUUUAUUGAAAUUCUUUAAUAAUAGGAAAAGGGGAAAGUAUUUAUUGUACAUUAUUUUCAUAGAUUAAAUAAAUGUCUUUAUAAUACGAAAACGAGUGUUUGUGUUGGAACCCCAGCCCCUUGCCCCGCACCUCCCUAGGCCCGCCCUCAUUCCCUCGGGACCCGCGCGAGGCUGCCCGACCCCGCGUCGGCUAAGUCCGGGUGGUACAAAAGCGACCCUACUUGGCCACCGCUUCUCGACCCGCAGCUCGAGAGGAGUGGGGAGUUUGCUGGAAUUAUGUCACCUGCACACCCUCCAACAGAUGGCCUUGGGUCCCGCGUCGGUGUUCCGGGGCUCUGCUUAGAGAUCUAGGUGGGCGGGUGGAGGGAGAGGAGGCCUCGGGGACGCGACCGGGGGUCGUAGCAGGGGGCGCAGAGGUUUAGCCGGAGCGGGAGGGCUCCUAGGGUUCCCCAAGCUUCUGGCUUCAGUGCCCCCAAGCCGGGUGGAAAGGCUUUUUCGGGAACACAAGAAGCCUGGGGACGCGAGGCCAGGGGUCGUGGGCCGAGUGGCGUGGGGGUUGGGGGGUGUUCUCGGGAAGCAGGUUUCCAAACGGGUCAGGAAGGAGGCUCGCGGAAAAAUGGAGCGAGGCCCGGACCCCAGUGCUCCUCGGUGCCCGCAG